AUGGAGCAGAAACAAAAACAAUCCGAUAUGAACGAAAUAAAAGAAAUGUUCGAUUUUAUUAGAGAAAAUAUGCAAGUAAUGGAUGGUAAACUAUCCGAUGUUAUAAAGGAGCUGAGAGAUACUAAGCUAGAAAAUGCGGCGAUGAAGACAGAAAUUAAAGCGCAAGGAAUAAAGAUUGCCAAUUUGGAAAGGGAGAUUAGAAAGAAAAAUCUGAUUUUUAAAGGUAUUAUGGAAGAUGAAAAAGAGGACUUCGAACUAACCAAACACAAGACAAUUAAAAUUUGUGAAUCCUUGGGAAUGCCUAUGAAACCAGAAUUUGAUGUAGACCAGGUAAGAAGAAUAGGCAAACAAAUCCCAGGUAAACCGAGACCAAUAUUACUACAACUUACAACUACAAAUAAGAAAUUCGAAAUACUAGGAAAAACUAAAGGAUUAAGAGGAUCUAACAUAUGGAUUGAUGAUGAUUACCCAAAGGAAAUACAAGAAGAAAGAAAAAUUCUGGUCUCCGAAAUGAAAGAAGCAUGGAAAAAGGGCGAAAAAGCACAACUUAGAUACAUCAAACUAAUUAUAAACGAUAAGGUAUAUGAUGCAAGCAACAUAAUAAAUAGGGAGUCAACUAGCCAAUAUAAUAACGCCGACAAGAAGAGAAAACCCGAUAUGAGGUCACCGGAAAAUGAUAAAUUUGGAGAACAACUGAGAAAGAUUACACGAACUUCAAAAAACUAG